AUGGGCCGCAUGAUGGGGGCUGUAACACUCGUGCAACUCCCCCCAGAGCUUUUGUGCCUUAUACUGGCACUUCUCGACGCGCACGACUUAGUACGGGUGCGAAAGACGUGCAGAGCGCUGAAAGCACUGGUCGAUAAUUCGGAGAUGCUGCAAUAUAUCAUCGACCUCCGUUACUUCCAAAUGGUUCUAGUGAGAACCUCCGAAACGGACGUGCCAUGGUCUACACGUCGCAAACGACUUAGACAGCAUGACGUUGCGUGGCAACGCUUGGAAUACAAACAGAGGUGCACGCUCCCUUCAGUGAUGUUAGGACAUACACACGAGCUUUUGGGUGGCAUAUACGGCUCAGCCGGUGAAGACUGCAUUUACUUUGCGCGUCUGCCAUCUGCGUGUGAUUCCAAUUAUCUACAUUGCUGGAGUCACCCUUUCGACACCACCAUAUCGAUGGACUUCACUUUCUCUGCUGCGCAAGAUUUACUUGUUGUAGUGGCGUUUCCACCAGACGCCGCAACCAAUCCUGAAGGUACUCGAUAUAUUAUUGACCGCGAAGAAGUCCAACCUAUCAGUCAUUCGAAUGUUCACAUCAUCGGGAACUACAUUUGCAUCCUACUGUGGAAUAUUACGGUAAAUGGUGUGACCGGAGCCGGUAUGCAGAUGUGGGACUGGAAAUCUGAGAAGGGCUACCAGUUCAUUCUUUUAUUUAUCAACGGUAUCAACGACUGCUCUUUCAUUGCAGAGGAUAGGUUCCUCAUCCUCGACACCUGUGGGACAAUGGAACUAUAUUCUUUCGCAGACAAGUCAAAGCCCCCUCAAUGCACCGCGAAACUCUCCUUACCUUCUCUCCUGGUUAACUUUUCAUACACAGAGGCGUUCACGAGCGACAAUAUAACUCCUGGAUCCGUGCUUCCCUAUCCUCGCAAGUCCUACCAACCUUCAUGCUCAUUUCACCCGAGUAUGAACGACCAACUAAUAGCCAUUCAUAUCUCCGUUGCUGGGGAAACGAACGCAGACGAUUUGCACCUUUACAACUUCUUUACCCUACGUAGUGCCAUUCUGGAACUCGAAGGCUUAUUUGCCAGGACUUACGGUCAACCAACCUUCGAUGGUCCCAAUUUGCUUUGGUCGACGUGGGGGCCACAACAUACGACGUGGUUCAGGGUUCGAAGAAAUGAGGACUGGCAUUCUGGACUCUGUGGUUUCCACGUUGUGGAGUCCAUCAGCUACGACACUUCUGACUCGGCACGCGAGUCGGGUCGGCUACGUAUCAGAGAUUUCAACCCACACAUCGCCCGGAAUUAUGACGCCCAAGAUAAAUCAGACUGCCGCGGUGUACUUGUACAAGGCGAGCUGACUACCACGAUCUAUCGCCCAUUUACGGAACCGCUAGGGUCUGCGCUGCCGUAUCGCGAGAUCGUUAGCGAGGAGUUGUUUGAUGCGGAUUCGGGUAUUUUGAUGGAUGAAAGUAGGAUUCUGCUGCUGAAGAGAGACGGGACUGCAGGACACCAAAACAUCGACGUAUUGGUAUUCUGACUACCUAGUGCCGAUACUUUGGGAGGCACAGUCCUCGCGCUGCCGACUUGUUACUUGCUAUUCUUCAGUCGCGUCAGCCGUUUUUUUUUA